AUGGAAUUGACCGAACUGUCCGACAUGACAAAACUCCACCAAGCUGUAGCUGCUGGGGACUACAAUUCAGUGAAAAAGAUUUUGAAGAAAAGUUUCUGUGGCCCAGACUACAAGGAAGUGGACUGGAAUGACCGAACCCCACUUCACUGGGCUACGAUCAAGGCAAGCCUGGCUGCAGAGACAUCAGUUGGGAGAAUUUUCCAGUACAAAGUGAUGGGAGCUAUGCUAAAGCACCUGUCAGUGAACAUUUGCUAUGCGCUGGGCUGUGUACGCUACACCUGUGAUUCUUUUGUGCUUCACAAGAACUCAGUAAGGGCUGAGCCCCAGUGCUGGGACCACCGCCAGGCCACCAAGCAGAAGGGGCUGCAGCUUGAUCAGCGGGAUGAAGACUGGGAUGCCAACAAGAGGGAGUUGGAGCUGUCUCUUCCUUCCUCAAAGCAAAACACUAAUAAGAAAAAGAAUAAGACUCGAGGCCCCACCAGGCUCAGCAAUACCAAGGACAGGAGAGUGUGA